UUGGCCUCAUUGCUGUCAAAACGUGGACUUGACUGAAAAGAUUGUAACCUUAGUAAAAUCGAAAUUUUAAAUUUAAAUUUGUGCAACUGGACAGUGCAACGCAAUUAAAAUGGCGAAUGAGGAAUUUGAGAAAAAUAUCGCUUUUAUCAUAGUUACUAGUGUAGCAGUAACGGUGAUUUGGUUAUUCAUUAAAUGUGUGUCAAGUAUUUGGUCCAGUUUGUUCAGUGGUCCACAAGAAUAUUAUGUUCCUACACAAACAUAUUUUAAUGAAUCGUGUUCUUUGAGAGACAGGCAAAAUUACAUAAGGAGGGCCAAACAAGUAGUAGCCAUUGAUACAGAAAGUGUCGGCGGGGGCCCUCGCGGCUCUGUGAAUAUACUAGCAAGAGUGUCCAUCGUCAAUAAACAAAGAGUUAUUUAUGAUGAGUAUGUUAUACCAUUUAGUCCGGUAACAGACUAUAGAAUGCCAUGGAGUGGUAUAUGUGAAGAAGAUCUCGCUGGUGCUUAUAAGACAUUUGAUGAGGUCAGGCAGGAUGUGGCACGGAUUCUUCAAGGUUACAUUUUGGUUGGCCAUGAUUUGCAAUUUGACCUGAGAGCCUUGGAAUUGACCCAUCCUUCUAACGAUAUUAGGGAUACCUCUUUGUACAAGCCUUUUAGAUAUACUACAAAUAAACCUAGUUUAAAGUAUUUAGCGAAGAAAUACCUGAAAAGGGAUAUACAAGUCGGCGACCAUUGCUCGGUGGAGGACGCGCGCGCAAUCAUGGACCUUUACCUGCUCGUUGAAAAGGAAUGGGAGAAAGAAAUGGAGUUUUACUAAUGCUACUUCGAGAAAACGAAGCAAAACAGCCCACGGCCUGGAGCGAUUUUUUUAAAGCUCCAAGUUCUAGUUUAAAACAAGACUAUGGCAAUGAUAAGUAAAGGUAGGUUAUAGGUAUUCCAAAAUUGAAGCUCUUCGAGCAACACCGGCUUCCAACACGUCGGAAUUGAAGCUCUUUUACCUUGUACAAGUUGUACAAAUUGUACAAAUUGCCUUAAUCGCGCCUAGGCAAGCAAUAUAUGUGCACAGAAAGAGAAAGAGGAUUUGCUCUCAUUGCUUUCAAUAUUGUACUACCUUUUGUCGGAACUAGAUCUUAGUUUAAAACAUAGCAUAAUUUUUGGACCACACUAUGUACUUGAAUUUACGCUCAUUUCAAAUGCUCAUUUGUACACACAAAUCUCAAUUGG